AUAUCAAUUUGUUUUGUAUCUCGAGCCGAGCCAAAGCAUUGCAAAUGUUAUAAAAAAAAAAAAAAAAAAACAUUCAGCUGACAGUGUUUUUGCGGAAAUGACCAGGUACAACACUGAACAAGGAGCUAUGGACCAGCAAUUCUGUUUACGCUGGAACAAUCAUCCCACAAAUUUGACCGGGGUGCUGACCUCGCUGCUGCAGCGCGAGGCGCUCUGCGAUGUCACCCUCGCCUGUGAGGGUGAAACAGUCAAGGCACAUCAAACCAUACUGUCAGCCUGCAGUCCAUAUUUCGAGACGAUUUUCCUGCAGAAUCAGCAUCCACAUCCCAUCAUAUAUUUGAAAGAUGUCCGAUACUCAGAGAUGCGCUCCCUGCUGGACUUCAUGUACAAGGGUGAGGUCAAUGUGGGUCAGAGUUCGCUGCCGAUGUUCCUGAAGACGGCCGAGAGUCUGCAGGUGCGCGGUCUCACAGACAACAACAAUCUGAAUUAUCGCUCCGAUUGCGACAAGCUGCGCGACUCGGCUGCCAGCUCGCCCACUGGGCGUGGCCCCAGCUAUGGCGGCAUGGGCGCCGAUAUACGCGACUCACGUGACUCCCUGCGCUCCCGCUGCGAACGCGACCUGCGCGACGAUCUGCAGCGCAGCAGCAGCAGCCUCAGYCUGAGCGAGCGCAGCUCCGCUGCUGCGGCGGCCGCUGCUGCCGCUGCCGCUGCCGCUGUGGCAGCAGCCGGUGGCAAUGUGAAUGCAGCUGCCGCUGCUCUCGGCCUGACCACCAGCGCCGGCGAACGAUCUCCCAGCGUGGGCAGCGCCAGUGCCGCGGCGGCUGCCAUGGCCGCUGCCGUUGCUGUUGCUGCGAAUCGCAGCGCCAGCGCCGAUGCUCUGAACAGUCGCGGCGAUGCUGGCAGCGAUCGGGGCAGUGAACGGGGCACGCUGGAGCGUGCCGAUAGUCGAGAUGAGCUGUUGCAGCUAGACUACAGUACCAAGGAUAAUAAUAAUACUAAUAACAGCAGCAAUAACAAUAGCAGCAACAACAACAACAACAAUAGCAGCAGUAGCAGCACCAACAACAACAACAAUAACAACAACAACAGCAGCAGCAACAACAAUCGAGAGCGCAACGAGAGCAGAGACAGAGAACGGGACAGAGAGCUGUCCACCACGCCCGUCGAUCAGCUGUGUAGCAGUAAGCGCAGACGUAAGAACUCAUCAUCCAACUGUGAUAAUUCGUUGUCCUCGAGCCAUCAUGCGAAUGCGGCCCACAUACAGGACAGACACUACGCGCAGGACUCUCAGGCCACCAAUUUCAAGUCGAGUCCGGUGCCAAAGACGGGCGGCAGCACAUCCGAGUCAGAGGAUGCGGGCGGCGGCGGCGGCAGCGGCUGUCGGCGCGAUUCACCGCUCUCGAUGACCGUUGGCCAUUUGGGCGGCGGCAAUGUGGGCGCGGCCAGUGCGCUCAGCGGCCUCAGCCAGUCGCUAAGUAUUAAGCAGGAGCUAAUGGAUGCACAGCAACAGCAGCAACAACAUCGCGAGCAUCACGUCGGCCUGCCACCCGAAUACUUGCCGAGCGCUGCUCUCAAAAUGCACGCCGAGGACAUGUCCACGCUGUUAACCCAACAGCUGCAGGCCGCCGAUGCGCGGGAGGAGCACAACGAUGCCAAACAGAUGCCACUCGAUCAGACGGACAACAUUGACGGUCGCGUUAAAUGUUUUAACAGUGCCCGCAAGCAGGAAGCGGACGACGAUGUCGAGAUCGAUGUGGCCGUUGCCGUCGUCCAGGAUGUGGACGUCGAUGAGGAGGCAGAGGCGGCAGCAACACUCGCCUAUCAUCAUGCCACGCCCAAAUACAGGCGCGCCAUCAUCUAUGCACCGCACGACGAGGAUAUGCCCGCAGCGGAUCUGUAUAUGGAUAAUAGCUACAACUGCGAGUACAAGUGCAAGGAGCGCAAUAUGCGCGCCAUACGCUGCAAUCGUCAGCAACAUCAUCCGCAUCCACAUCCGCAUUCGCAUCCGCAUCAGCAUCAGUUGGCGACGGCGCCGCAAACGGCGCUGAAUCUGGGCCGGCACAGCAGCGGAGUUGUAGCCGCUACCGCAGCGGAAACUCUGUGCGGCGCUGAGGCAGCAGCGGCCUACUCGCCCACGCCCACCUCCAGCAGCAGCAGCUAUCGAGAGCAACAGCAACAGCAGCAGCAGCAAUCGCACUUGAGCUAUGCGCUGCAGCAGUCGCCCAAUGGAGUGCAGCAGCUGGAGUUGGCGCACAGCUAUGGGCAUCAUGGACAUCAUGGGCCACCGCCGCCAUCAUCGUCGUCAUCCUCUCUGGCAGCCAGCACUUCGCAGCAAUCGCCGCAUUAUCAGCCCGCCAUUGGUUCACUCUCGCCGCAACCCAGCUCCUCCUCAUCAUCAACCUCUGCAGCAGCGGCGGCGGCGGCGGCAGCAGCAGCAGCAGCGGCAGCGGCAGCGGCUGCGAAUCGUCGGGAUCAUAACAUAGACUACUCAACACUGUUCGUACAGCUAUCUGGUACGCUGCCCACGCUCUAUCGCUGCGUCAGCUGCAACAAGAUCGUGUCGAACCGCUGGCAUCACGCCAACAUCCAUCGGCCGCAGAGCCACGAGUGCCCCGUCUGUGGCCAGAAGUUCACGCGUCGCGACAAUAUGAAGGCCCAUUGCAAGAUCAAGCAUGCGGACAUUAAGGAUCGUUUCUUCAGCCAUUAUGUACAUAUGUGAUCACUUCUUUAGAUAGUUACGCUCACGAUAUGUAAACAAUCCCCCUCGAGAAAACAUAACAAAAAUGGAAGUCUGCACCAGAGUUAGAAAUUAUUUAUUAUGUAGCGCCCUAAGAGUUUCCAAGAGUUUCCUUACGCAACUUAUCUUGAAAGACAGGCCUAAAGCAAAGUUAAACAAAUCAAAUCAAAUCGAAUCAAAUCGUAUUGUAUCGUAUAGUAUCGAAUAAAAGGUUUUCAAUCUAUAAAUCUUAAUAAGCCCACACAUACGUAAUAUUAUAAUACUAAAUGAACUUAAGAUUCUAUCCAAGCAGUUUCUUUAGCUAUGAUAUCAAAGAAAUAUCUCGUAGUUGAUUUAAAAGACUUUUUAUUAAUUGUUACUUAAAUAACCUUUAGAUGCUUUUUUACAUCAAUUCAAUUGUUAUUAUUAUUAUUAUUAUUAUGAUGAUUAUUAUUAUUGUGAACCGCGGCCAGUACUUAAGAGCAAACUUUAUAAAGUAUUACAUUAGAAUUCCACGACGUUAUGCUUCCAGUUUUUCUUGGUUUAUAAUUUUGUUUUCUUUAUUUAUGAAACAAUAUAAAAAUAAUAUUUAACAUGUGCUGUAGUGAGUUUUUUGACUAAUACUAUUUUGUGUGCCAUAUUAUCUAGUACUUAAUUAAACAAUCAAAUAGUUAAACAACAACUUACUUAAUUCUUAUCA